UGCGAUGAGGCGCCAGGUUUAGCGUCUUCCCGGCGCCCGGGGGAGACAUUCUUGCAGCCAGGCUGAUGACCUGGCCCAGGGCGGGCGGGCUGCUCCCGGCUCGGGCCAAGCAGUCCCGCUUGCCUGACAGGGACUGGGGCCCCCCAUUGAGCUCGAGGGUGCUGGUUUCCGGGCCCGGGCUCUGAACGCGCCGCUUGCUGCUCGGGGGCCUGGGUCGGGCCCCGCAGCGCGGGCUGGAUUGGCAGCAGGGCCCCGGGCGGCUGGGCGGGGCCUGGCUCCGAGCCAGCCCGGCGGCGUCGCGGAUCGAAGCGCUGAAUGAAAAGUGUCUCGGCGGAGGCGGCUCCCCAGCGGCCCCUCCUCGCGGGGGCUGGAUGCGAGCGAGUUACCCGCACGCGUGCGGCGCUGAUCCCGCCGUCUCCGCUGCCCUGCCCCGGGUGGGGCCGGCCGGCGUUCGCCCCCGCCCAGGAGCGCCUUUCGGUGGUAUUAAUCCGGCGCAGUAAUCGGGCGCUUCCUGCAACACGUCUCCGGGGGCAGAUAAUCUCGGGCCAAGCUGUCCCGAGAGGAGAUUGCCUCGCCCGGGGGCUGGAUCAGCCGGCUGCCGCGGAUCAGCGGGGUCAGGGCUGAGCAGGCGAGUCUCCCAGCCAUGAGGGGCUGCUGGGGGAGCAGCGAGCUCGCUCCCGCUAAGCGGCUUAGCCCCCGGCAGAUGUUGUCUUGCUCCCAGCCAGCCCCGAUCAUUGGCGGAGGGAGAGGCCGAGAGGGCUGGGAAACACCUCUGGCUCGGGGGGAAGAGGAGGGGGCUUGCACUGGUGCCUGGCACCCUCCGCCUUGCACCAUGCGGGGGGAGUGAAGAGUUGCACGGCGGCGUCUCGCCUCUGCAGGGGAGCUCCGGCCCCCGGCGGAGGGGAGCUUGGCAGCUGGAGUGGAGGGAGUUUGUCUCCGAUCGCCCCCUUCCUCCUUCUCCUCUCACACCCUCUGCUGCUCUUGCUGCCAGGCUGGGGCAGCGCUUGCCGGUGAUAGGGGGAGAUGGCGAAAAUCAGGGUGUCUUACGAGUACACAGAAGCCGAAGACAAAAGCAUCCGGCUCGGCUUGUUCCUGAUCGUCUCUGGCAUCGUGUCGCUCUUCAUCCUGGGUUUCUGCUGGCUCAGCCCCGCUUUGCAAGAUUUGCAAGGCAAAGCUGCCAACUGCACGGUGCUCUCGGUGCAACAGAUCGGGGAGAUGUUUGAAUGCACGUUCACGUGUGGCACGGAUUGCAAGGGCACCUCGCUGUACCCCUGCCUCCAGAUCUACGUCAACAACUCGGAGUCCAACUCCAGGGCGCUGCUGCACCAGGACGAGCACCAGCUCAUCACCAACCCUAAGUGUUCAUACAUCCCUCCCUGUGAAAGAGAAAAUCAGAAGAAUUCUGAAAUUGUCACACACUGGCAGGAAUACUGGAAAGUGGAAGUGGGUUCACAGCCAUUUACAUGUUAUUUUAAUGAGCAUCUAAGACCAGAUGAUGUGCUUCUUAGGCGUACCCACGAUGAGACGGUCCUCUUGCAUUGCUUUCUCUGGCCUCUGGUUACUUUCCUGGAGAUAGAAAAAUGUGGUGAGAUUCAUCCAGAGUUGGAGGCAGCAGCUUGGUUCUCAUAAAUCCAGAUUAACUAAAUCCUCUCUAUCUUUGCUGUAAAAGCUCUUGUGACUGAAUUGUGUGGCUGAUUCCCUGAGCAAAGGAUUGUUCUGAGGAUUCUCACUGUUUGCUGUAUUGAGGCUGCUACUUCAGGAGCUCGGGUGGGACUCGAGCCAUCACUGCAAGGGUUCGGGAUAAGAUGGAAGAGGUGGUGGUAGCUGUGUUGCUAAAGACAACCUUACAUCUUACAUGAUCAGAGUAUGAACCAAUUCAGUGAUAUCUACCCGAGUCUGAAGACAGCCUGAAACAACAGCUCUGAAAGAAGCAUGCAUUGUCUUUAUUCAUGACAAGGAUAUCUUAAUUAUAAAGCCUAAUGUUUGCAAUUUAAAUGUCAACACUGUUAACUAUUUUACUGUUGAUCAAAGCACAUGAAAACAGGAGGGAUGAUCAUAUUAAGAAGAUCAGCUGUGAGUAGACUAUUGUUUUGACAACUCAAGAAGAUGGAGUUGGACCACUACUUCCCACACUUCCCCCAAUUCAAUCUCUGGUUUAAAGAGUGAUUGGGAAUGCAGGGAGGCUGCUCUGGCUUUUAUUUAAAAAAAAUAAAAUGCAAUGGACUUG